UGCCGCCUCCUCUGCAUCUCCGGGGCCGAAGUAUUAGAACCGAGGGCCCGCAGGGGGUCCCCGCGGCUGCCGCGAUGCAGAAAUACGAGAAACUGGAGAAGAUUGGGGAAGGCACCUAUGGGACAGUGUUCAAGGCCAAAAACCGGGAGACACACGAGAUCGUGGCUCUGAAACGGGUGAGGCUGGAUGACGAUGAUGAGGGGGUGCCGAGUUCUGCCCUACGGGAAAUCUGCCUCCUCAAAGAGCUGAAGCACAAGAACAUCGUCAGGCUUCAUGACGUCCUGCAUAGCGACAAGAAGCUGACUUUGGUUUUUGAGUUCUGUGAUCAGGACCUCAAGAAAUACUUUGACAGCUGCAAUGGUGACUUAGAUCCUGAAAUCGUGAAGUCAUUCCUCUUCCAGUUGCUAAAAGGCCUGGGAUUUUGUCACAGCCGCAACGUGCUGCACAGGGACCUGAAGCCCCAGAACCUGCUCAUAAACAGGAACGGGGAGCUGAAAUUGGCCGAUUUCGGGUUGGCUCGAGCCUUUGGGAUCCCCGUCCGCUGUUACUCGGCGGAGGUGGUCACACUGUGGUACCGCCCACCGGAUGUCCUCUUUGGGGCCAAGCUGUACUCCACGUCCAUUGACAUGUGGUCAGCCGGCUGCAUCUUUGCAGAGCUGGCGAACGCGGGGCGGCCCCUGUUCCCCGGCAAUGAUGUGGACGACCAGCUGAAGAGGAUCUUCCGACUGCUGGGGACACCCACCGAGGAGCAGUGGCCCGCCAUGACCAAGCUGCCAGACUACAAGCCCUACCCGAUGUACCCAGCCACAACGUCUCUGGUGAACGUCGUCCCCAAGCUCAAUGCCACAGGCAGGGACCUGCUGCAGAACCUCCUGAAGUGCAACCCCGUCCAGCGCAUCUCAGCAGAGGAGGCCCUGCAGCACCCCUACUUCUCCGACUUCUGCCCCCCCUAAGCCCCUGGCACCCGGCCUCCAGGCCGGGGCCUGGCCGCUUCCAGCCCCCUCCCGCGAGGGGAGGAAAAGCAAGGACGCACGGUGUGCUGAGCCCCAGCUGUGCUGGGCCCGCCGGGGUGGAGGCACCCUCGCCCGGCUUCUGUCUCCCUCCACAGACUUUAUUUAAUUUCAUAAAUUGGCUC